UUGGGCCCGCCCCGCCGCGGCUGCGGUGCUGGAAGCCCCGGUCCUCCCGGAAGUUCCCGACUCUGCCAGUCGGGCUCUGGUUCUGCGCUGCUGCGGGGCCCAGGGCGGCGGGGAUGGCGGAGGCGGCGCUGCUGCUGCUGCCGGAGGCGGCGGCCGAGCGGGACGCCCGCGAGAAGCUGUCUCUCUGGGAUCGGAGACCCGACUCGCUGGCGCCGCUGACAGACAGGCAGACGGACUCGGUGCUGGAGCUAAAGGCGGCAGUGGAGAACCUGCCGGUGCCCGCCGAGCUCCCAAUUGAAGAUGUCUGCAGCUUAGCAUCCCAGUCGCUGCCCAUCGAGCUGACUGCUGUAGUGCCCGAAUCUACAGAAGACAUCCUCUUAAAGGGCUUCACUUCCUUAGGAAUGGAAGAAGAAAGAAUUGAGACUGCACAGCAGUUUUUCUCAUGGUUUGCAAAGCUGCAAGCUCAGAUGGAUCAGGAUGAAGGAACGAAAUAUAGACAGAUGAGGGAUUACUUGUCUGGGUUUCAGGAACAGUGUGAUGCUAUACUGAAUGAUGUGAACUGUGCUCUUCAGCAUCUGGAGUCAUUGCAGAAACAGUAUCUUUUUGUGUCCAAUAAGACAGGAACGCUUCACGAAGCCUGUGAACAGCUCCUAAAAGAACAGUCGGAGCUUGCCGACCUUGCCGAGCACAUCCGACAGAAGCUGUCUUAUUUUAAUGAGUUGGAGACGAUUAACACAAAAUUGAAUUCCCCUACGUUGUCUGUGAAUAGUGAAGGAUUUAUCCCUAUGUUGGCCAAGUUAGAUGAUUGUAUAACGUAUAUUUCGUCUCAUCCUAAUUUUAAAGAUUAUCCUGUAUACUUACUGAAGUUUAAACAAUGUCUUUCUAAAGCUUUGCACCUCAUGAAGACAUAUACUGUGAACACACUGCAGACUCUCACAAAUCAGUUACUAAAAAGGGACCCCACAUCGGUCACUAAUGCAGACAAUGCCUUCACACUAUUUUAUGUGAAAUUUCGAGCUGCUGCCCCUAAAGUCAGAGCUCUAAUUGAACAAAUAGAGCAACGGUCUGAAAAGAUACCCGAAUACCAGCACCUGCUCAAUGAUAUCCACCAGUGUUACCUGGAUCAGCGGGAGCUCCUCUUGGGCCCAAGUAUUGCCUACACCGUCACAGAGUUAACCAGCCAAAACAACAGAGACCAUUGUGCCUUGGUUCGCAGUGGCUGUGCCUUUAUGGUCCAUGUCUGCCAAGAUGAGCACCAACUUUACAAUGAAUUUUUCUCAAAGCCAACACCAAAAUUAGAUGAGCUAUUGGAGAAAUUGUGCGUGUCGUUGUAUGAUGUGUUCCGGCCAUUGAUCAUCCAUGUCAUUCACUUAGAGACUUUAUCAGAGCUCUGUGGGAUUCUUAAAAACGAAGUGCUUGAAGACCAUGUGCAGAACAACGCUGAACAACUGGGGGCAUUUGCAGCUGGAGUAAAGCAGAUGUUGGAGGAUGUACAAGAGAGGCUUGUGUAUCGAACCCACAUCUACAUUCAGACAGACAUCACAGGCUACAAACCAGCUCCUGGAGAUCUGGCUUAUCCUGAUAAGCUAGUCAUGAUGGAGCAAAUUGCACAGAGUUUGAAGGAUGAACAGAAGAAGGCACCGUCAGAAGCUUCCUUUUCAGAUGUACGGUUAGAAGAAGGAGAAUCCAAUAGUUUAAGAAAGUCUGGUUCAACAGACUCCCUCAACCCUAGACCACAGACCACGGUUUCUCCAGCAGAUCUUCAUGGCAUGUGGUACCCCACAGUUCGAAGGACACUUGUCUGCCUCUCCAAAUUAUAUAGAUGCAUAGAUAGGGCAGUGUUCCAAGGAUUAUCACAGGAAGCGUUGUCUGCCUGCAUACAGUCCUUGCUGGGAGCAUCAGAUUCUAUCAGCAAAAACAAGACUCAGAUUGAUGGACAACUUUUCUUAAUUAAGCACCUUUUGAUUCUUCGAGAACAAAUUGCUCCAUUUCAUACUGAAUUCACCAUUAAGGAAAUUUCCCUGGACCUCAAGAAAACUAGAGAUGCAGCGUUUAAAAUCCUGAACCCUAUGACUGUUCCGAGAUUUUUUAGGCUGAAUAGCAACAAUGCCUUGAUAGAGUUCUUAUUGGAGGGGACUCCUGAGAUCAGAGAACAUUAUCUGGACUCCAAGAAGGAUGUAGACCGGCACCUGAAGUCUGCCUGUGAGCAGUUCAUUCAGCAGCAGACCAGGCUGUUUGUAGAGCAGCUGGAGGAGUUCAUGACAAAGGUAUCAGCGUUAAAAACCAUGGCCAGUCAGGGAGGCCCCAAGUACACCCUCUCUCAGCAGCCUUGGGCACAACCAGCAAAGGUCAAUGACCUCGUGGCCACUGCUUACAAGACGAUGAAGACGAAGCUGCCGCUCACGCUGAGAAGCAUGUCUUUGUAUUUGUCCAACAAGGACACGGAGUUCAUCUUGUUUAAGCCUGUCAGGAAUAACAUCCAGCAAGUCUUCCAGAAGUUCCACGCUCUGCUGAAGGAAGAGUUCAGUCCUGAAGAUGUGCAGAUCAUUGCUUGUCCCUCCAUGGAGCAGCUGAACCUCCUGCUGUCAGUUUCUAAGUAGUCCUGGUGGAGCACAGUCGGGGCUGUCCCACGGGAGAGGCCUGAGGAGACCUGCAGCCACGGAGCCUGAGGAACAUGGGCGUGUGCCUGCAGAAGGAAACCUGGGGAAGCAGGAGAAGAUCAAAGAUUGACAGCAGGGUAGCUGCCUCAGUGAACUGCUCUCUAGUGAUGGAGAGACUGGACAGGGAGCCACGAUUCCCAGGGACUUUUCCCUCACACAGAUUGUGCAAUAAAGUCGGUUACUGUAGUAAACAGUGCAGCGCACUUCACAGGAACGCAGCCAGCCAGGAAGCUGCUGGCCCCAGCCGCUCCAAAGCACCCUGCACGGCAUUUACCCGGGCAUUCCACAGCCGCUGUUACUUGGAGAACUCUUACUUCUGUAUCCGGAUGCAGGCUCCGCCUGCUGGAUCAAGGCUGAGUUGGAAUAGAAGGGUUGCUGCCAAGAAGGCGUCUGACUUUUCCUGAACUCAGGCUGCCAUCUUCCUGUGGGCUGAUAGGAGGCAGAGGCAGUUGCAAGACGCCAAGGUCUCCUGUAAGGUCCUCUCCUUGAUCUGCCUCCUCCUCACCAGAUGGGUGUGUCUUCACCAUGGGGGUCUUCACAGUACCGGCACGGCACCAGUGUGUGAGUGGGAGUUGCCCGUGAAGUGAAGGUGUUUUAGCCUGGCACAGCCUGGAGAGGGAGGGGCCUGGGGCAGUGGCUCUCAUGGGCGGAGCUUAGUUGCGGACAUUCUUUAUAAAGUGAACACUCUUUGGUCGCCUGUGUUGUACUAGACACUAGCCUUCCGGGUGUCCCCAGUCCUGCCAUAGCUGAGCACCUGGGUAUGGCGAACUCUUUCCACACCUUACAUAUGACACCAGUGGAAAGGAAAGGACUUUGAGCAUCUGCAUUUUCCUACAAAUUCCCCUUGAGUUUGGGAUAGGAGUGGCUUUGACCCUGGUGUUGCAGUAAAUGUAGCCCGUUUCUUGGUUCAGUUACUGAGACCUUCAUCUGGAGGGUGGGAUAGUGCUGAGGGCCCUGAAAUAGGGCGGGUGACCCCUGGUGCAGGCGGAGGGCCGGGAGCAGCCUCUUGCACAGUGUGCACGUGGGUGACCCAUCCUCAUGCAACAGGCCCCUUGUUUCUUUGUUCAGUUUAAAUUGGGGUGGCCGUUGCUUGGUAGAGCAUAUUACUCUAUAUUUUGGGAAACUCAAAGGUAAGAGGGUCCAUAUUUUUUCUUUGAAAUGAAUGAGUUAAGAAGAUUGUACUUACUAUUUUAAAUACAUGUCUUAUGUGAUAAACUAUAAUAUCCAGUUCUGUGUAUUAUAUGUACAUUGGUUGUUCAGAUAGCCUUUCCAAAGAAAUGAGGGCGUAACCGUUGGACAGCACUGUGGCUCAGCAGUCUGAUGUACAGAGCAGGACUUGUUUGGGGACUCUGGUUGUGCUUUGAUUUUUUUUGUUUCUGAAAACACUCACAUACCUUACCAACUGCUGGGAGGGUGAUACUGAUCCAAUUUGUUUGCUGAAUGAAUAUUUGUUUAAAUCUGUACAGUUUCACGUGUUUACUUAUACAGAGUGUACAUACUUUGAAAUAAUUAAUUUAAAAUGCUUUAUAUUAUUUAGCUAGAAAUUGCUGUUUUUAAUAAAUAGAUUUUUUAAAAAAAUAAAGAUCUUUGCUUCCUACUUU